AUGGUGCCAAAGUUCUACCAGCAUAUCCUGGCAUUGGCUUUUGCUGUCCAUGAGAUCAAUGAAAUUCCCAACCUACUACCCAAUGUCACUCUUGGAUUCCACAUCUAUGAUAGCUACCACAAUGCAAAGAUGACCUAUCGCACCACACUGGACCUACUCUUCAAAUUACAUCACUUUCUUCCCAAUUACAAAUGUGGCACCCACAUACAUCUUAUGGGAGUCAUUGGUGGACUUAGCUCUGAUACAUCUUCACAGAUGGCAGACGUCUUAAGCCUUUACAAGAUUCCACAGUUUUCCUAUGGCUCAUUUCAACCAGUAGUGAAUGAUCAUACAGUGUUCCCUCUGUUUUACCGCAUGGUCCCCAAUGAAGCCCUUCAGUACCAGGGAAUUGUCCAGUUACUACUGCAUUUCAAAUGGAAAUGGGUUGGGCUCAUGUCUAUUGACAAUGACGGUGGAGAACAUUUCUUGCAGACCAUUGAGCCAAUGCUUUCCAAGAAUGGAAUCUGUUCAGCUUUCACAAAUAAAGUUCCAAUUAACAUUCGUAUAUUGGAAAUGAGCAAUAUGAACAAAUACAUUGUAGACAGUAUUCCCAUUUUCAGAGACAGCAAAGCCAAUGCUGUUGUCAUAUAUGGAGAAACUGCAAACAUUAGGUGGUUGGCUGCCAUUAUCUUGGGGAUAAAAGAGUCUCUUGCAGCUGAUCUUCAGUAUAAUGUGAAUGCAUCUUUUGGAAAGGUAUGGAUUACAACAGCCCAGAUUGAUUUUGCAUUCAGUAUAUUACAAAGGAACUGGGAUAUCCAAAUAUUCCAUGGUGCGAUUUCCUUCACAAUUCCUUCAAAUGAGCUUCCAGAUUUCCAAACAUUUCUUCAGAGUGUAAGCCUGAAGCAACCAAAAGGAGAUGGUUUUGUCAAAGACCUCUGGGAACAGGCAUUUAACUGCUUUGCUCCAAAUUCUGGUGGUUCCACAGAUAUCCAUGAAGCAUGUACUGGUGAAGAGAGGCUGCAGAACCUUCCCGGGCAAUUUUUUCAACUGAGCAUGACAGGCCACAGCUACAGUAUCUAUAAUGCUGUUCAUGCUGUAGCACAUGCCUUACAUAUCAUGUACUCAACUAGCUCCAGCUACAAAAAGAAGAAAAAUAAAGGCAAGGCAAAUGUUUGGCAAGUGGAACCCUGGCAGCUCCAUUCAUUGCUUAGGAAUAUCUCAUUCAAUAAUACUGCUGGAGAUGAAGUUUUGUUUAAUGAACAUGGGGAAUUUGUAGCCAGAUUUGAUAUUACCAACAUGGUUACUUUCCCAAAUAACUCCUAUGUCAGAGUCAGAGUGGGAAGGCUGGAUCCUCAGGCUCCUCCAGGAAAAGUGUUCACCAUUAAUGAGGAGAGACUUGAGUGGCACAGAGACUUAUUACAGGUGCCUCCCUUCUCCUUGUGCAAUGAACGAUGCUAUCCUGGGUACAGCAGGAAAAAGAAGGAAGGAAAGAAAUUUUGUUGCUAUGAUUGUUCUCCAUGUCCAGAAGAGAUGAUCUCAAACCAGGAGGACUUGGAUUAUUGUACCAGAUGCCAAGAAGAUCAGUUUCCAAAUCACCGCAAAGAUGAGUGCAUUCCCAAGAUUCAAAGCUUUCUAUCUUUUGAAGAUCCUUUAGGCAUUACUUUAGCUUUUUUGUCUCUUCUGUUUUCUUUGAUCACAGCUCUGGUGCUUGCAGUCUUUAUUAAGCAUAGGAACACUCCCAUUGUCAAAGCUAACAAUCAGACCCUCACUUAUGCUCUCCUCAUAUCUCUUCUCCUUUGUUUUCUUUGCUCUUUACUAUUCAUUGGACAGCCCAAUAAAGUCAUCUGUCUCCUUAGACAAACAGCUUUUGGCAUCAUUUUUUCCAUUGCUAUUUCCUCUGUUUUAGCCAAAACCAUUACAGUGGUUGCUGCUUUCAUGACCUCCAAACCAGGAAAUAUUUUCCAGAAAUGGGUUGGGAAAAGAUUGGCACAUUCUAUUGUCUUAUGCUGUUCUCUUGUUCAAGUUGGAAUUUGUGCAAUUUGGUUGGGUUCUCUCCCCCCAUUCCCAGAUUUUGACAUGCAUUCGAUGUCUGGAGAAAUCAUAGUCAAAUGUAAUGAAGGGUCAGCCACCAUGUUCUACUGUGUCUUGGGUUACAUGGGCUUUCUGGCUACUGUCAGUUUUACUGUGGCUUUCCUGGCCAGGAGGUUGCCAGAUAGCUUUAAUGAAGCCAAGUUCAUCACUUUCAGCAUGUUGGUUUUCUGCAGUGUUUGGGUCACCUUUGUUCCAACCUACCUCAGCACAAAAGGAAAAUACAUGGUAGCCGUAGAGAUAUUCUCCAUCUUGUCAUCUAGUGCAGGGUUACUGGGUUGCAUCUUUUCCCCUAAAUUCUACAUUAUUGUGGCCAGGCCUGAUAUGAACAAAAGGGAACAGCUAAUAAGGAGAAAAUAUUAA